GUUGCAGAUCUUCUCUUUCAAACUGCCAAGGGUGCCGGUCUCAAGUAUGAUUGUGUGUGCGGCGUUCCUUACACAGCACUGCCCUUGGCCACAAUUAUCUGCUCGGAAAAUCAGAUUCCAAUGCUUGUGCGGAGGAAGGAAGCAAAAGACUAUGGUACUAAGCGGCUGGUGGAAGGCACCAUUAAUCCAGGAGAAACAUGCUUGAUCAUCGAAGAUGUAGUAACAAGUGGAUCUAGUGUACUGGAAACUGCGGAAGUUCUUCAGAAAGAAGGAUUAAAGGUCACGGAUGCCAUAGUGCUGUUGGACAGGGAGCAGGGUGGGAAGGCCAGGUUAGAGGAACGCGGAAUUCGCCUGCACUCUGUGUGCACAUUGUCUGGGGUGUUGGAGAUUCUCCAGCAGCAGGGAGAGGUGACUGCUGAGAUGGUUGAAAAGGUGAAGAAAUUCAUUCAGGGACAUGCGUUCAAGCCAGUGGCUCAGAACAGCCCCACUCCUAUGAAGAGACAAUGUAAAGAGCUGAGCUUUGGCACUCGAGCCCAGCUGCCGGGGGUGCAUCCUGUUGCAGCCAGGCUCCUUGCGCUCAUGGAAAAGAAGCAAACAAACUUGUGCCUUUCUGCUGAUGUCACCAGCUCCAAAGAGUUGCUGCAGUUAGCUGCCAUCCUAGGCCCCAGCAUUUGUGUCCUGAAGACUCAUAUAGACAUCCUGAAUGAUUUUACCCAAGAGGUGGUAAAGGAGUUGAGAACGCUUGCAGAUCAACAUGAAUUCUUGAUUUUUGAGGACAGGAAAUUUGCAGACAUUGGCAACACUGUGAAACAUCAAUAUGAAGGUGGUGUGUUCAGAAUCGUGUCCUGGUCAGACAUCGUUAAUGCCCACGUGGUUCCAGGCUCUGGAGUUGUGAAAGGUCUGAAGGAAGUGGGUCUUCCUCUCCAGCGCGGCUGUCUUCUGGUUGCCGAGAUGAGUUCCCAAGGGUCACUUGCAACGGGUGAAUACACAAAAGCUGCGGUACAAAUGGCUGAAGACAACUCGGAUUUUGUUCUUGGAUUCAUAUCUGGAUCUAGAGUUAGUAAUAAACCGGAAUUUCUUCACUUAACUCCAGGGGUGCAGCUGCAAACUGGAGGUGAUAACCUUGGACAGAAGUACCUGAGCCCCAAGGAAGUUAUUAGUGAAAAAGGUUCAGAUAUCAUUAUUGUGGGACGUGGCAUCUUGUCAGCUUCAGACCGUGUUCAAGAAGCAGAGAAGUACAGGAAGGCAGCCUGGGACAGCUACAUAAGCAGACUUGGUAUUCAUGCAGAAGAUUGAAAGCAGCCACUUAGCCAAUAAGCAAAGCUUAUGGCGCUGCAGUCAUCUUGAGACUUCCAGUUAAAUACAUAGACAUUUCAGCCAGUAGAAAACUGCCCUUUUGGAGAAAAAUCUGUUGCUG